UCUAUCUCCACUAAAAGUCAACACAAAUGUCCAACGUACUCUACCCUCAUUUCUUGGAAACCGACAAACACUGAACACCCCCCUUCCCCCAAAUAAAUAAAUAAAGAAUUAUAAUAUUCCAAUCCCACAAAAUCACACUUUUGAUUUGCUCCUCUUACCAAAUCCUGCGACUCAUUCGAAGAAAUACCAGAUUCUCUCUCUAGCUUCUCCAACAAGAUGGAGCUCCUACACCCCGCCCACCCGCCCCAUCACAACCCGAACCCAAAAUCACAUUCUUCGGGGUUAGUGGUCGGGCCUGACCGGAUGUUGAGCUCUGAUCAGUUGCUGGACAUUGUUGAAGAAGUUAGCAACGAAAGAGUGUAUGUGGCUGUGGGGAAUUCUUUAGAGAAAGCUUUGAGCUUGCUCAACUGGGUUUUCAAUAUCUUUGGAACCAGACAAAUUUGUUUGCUUCACGUUCACCGUCCUUCUCCUCUGAUACCUACUUCCUUGGGGAAACUGCCCGCAAGUCAAGCAAAUGCUGAAGUAGUGUCAGCAUUUCGAAGGGAGGAGAAUGAGCAGACAAAGAAACUUAUAGAUUAUUAUCUGAUCAUUUGUAGUAGAGCAAAGGUUGAAGCAACUAUUAUUAUAAUUGAAAACGACCAAGUCCAUAAGGGGAUUGUAGAAUUGGUGAACAGACAUGGUGUGAGGAAGCUUGUUAUGGGGGCUGUAACAGAAAAUUGUUUGAAGGUUAAAAAGAGCUCCAGCAAAGAAAACUAUGCAGCAAAAUAUGCUCCUUUGUUCUGUGAGAUAUGGUUUAUCAACAAAGGGAAACAUGUGUGGACGAGAGAAGCUUCUGAAAAUUCAAAUCCUCUACCAAAAUGUGAUCAUGCUGAGAAUAUGAGUUUUGAAACUCUAAGAUCUGAAUCUUUGCGAUAUAGCAAGAGUAACUUGCCAUUCCAAAAAAAUAAUCUUCGAUCAAACUCUGCUGCAAGAAUAUCUUGUGCCAGAAUUAGCAGUUUUGUUCAGAAUGAAUCAGUGUGUGCAGAAUCAGUGUUGCCAACUAUAUAUAGUUCUUAUAGUUCAUGGUCCUGCCAUCCUCUCCAGAGUUCAAGUAGCAGCUGUGCUCCAGGAUGCACUUCCACUGAAAGAAGAGUUUCUUCAGGUUCUGAUUCAAAAUUGGAGGAAGAAAGCUCACAUUCUCAUGUCGAAGAAGUGCGUUUAGAAACAGAAGCAUUGGGGAAUGAAUCAUUUGAAGAUUUUUUGAAGAGCAAAAUGCUGGAAGCUAUCAGCAAGGUCAAAAUCUUUGAAUCUGCCCAUGCACAUGAAGUUAAACUUAGAAAAGAAGCUGAAGAUGCACUCAAUAAUACAAUAAUGGAGCAAGAAAAGCUAUUGGAAGAGAAAGAUGAAGCAACUAGAAAGCUAGAGAGGACCAUGAGAAAUGUUGCUCUUCUAGACAGUCGUGCACAGGAAGCAAAUCGCAGGUCUGAGGAAGCUGCUGGAGAAUUGAAACUCAUUCAAACAUCCAUUUCAUCUCUGAGGCAGGAAAAGCAGAGGAUUCGACAGCAGAAAAUCGAAGCUGUACAUUGGCUUGAGCGGUGGAGAAGCCAUGGGCAGGCAGGAGCUUCAAACUGCAAUGGAAUUCUUGGAAUUACUGAAGAGUUGCCUGAAUUAGCGGAAUUUUCUUUGUCUGAUUUGCAAACUGCAACAUGCAACUUCUCUGAGAGCUUCAAACUGGGUCAGGGAGGUUGUGGUUGUGUUUACAAAGGUGAAAUGUUGGGUAGAACUGUUGCUAUAAAAAGGCUGCAUCCAAAUAACACGCAAGGGCAAUUAGAGUUUCAAAAGGAGGUCCAAGUUCUGGGCAAACUGCAGCAUCCUCAUCUGGUGACUUUGCUUGGUGCAUGUCCAGAAGCAUGGUCUCUUGUAUACGAGUACUUGCCCAAUGGGAGCCUCCAAGAUCGCCUUUUCCAGAAAAGCAACAUUUCCCCUUUGACAUGGAAGAUCCGAACACGCAUUAUAGCUGAAAUCUCUAGUACCCUUUGCUUCUUGCACUCUUCCAAACCUGAAAAGAUUGUCCAUGGUGAUCUUAAACCACAAAACAUCCUCCUGAAUUCUGAACUUAGCUGCAAGAUAUGUGAGUUUGGAAUUUGCAGGCUGGUAACUGAGGACAGUCUUUAUUGCCCAAGUAUUCAUAGGAGCAAUGAGCCAAAAGGUUCCUUUCCGUAUACAGAUCCGGAGUUCCAAAGAAUUGGAGUUUUGACACCGAAGUCUGACAUCUAUGCCUUUGGAGUGAUCAUUCUGCAGCUACUCACUGGGAAGCCACCUGUUGGAUUAGUAGGUAAGGUACGUAGAACACACUCAUGUGGGAAAUUAGCCUCAAUUCUGGAUCCAUCAGCUGGAGAAUGGCCAAUGUUUGUGGCAAGGCAAUUGGUGGAUUUGAGCCUGCAGUUCUGUGAAUUACGCAGCAGGGAUAGACCAGACUUAACUCCUACACUGGUGAGGGAAUUGGAACAGUUGCAUGUUUCAGAGGAGAGACCGGUACCAUCUAUCUUCUUGUGCCCCAUUCUCCAGGAAAUAAUGCACGACCCUCAGGUGGCAGCUGAUGGGUUCACAUAUGAAGGAGAAGCCUUGCGUGAAUGGCUGGCAAAUGGCCGUGAAACAUCACCAAUGACCAAUUUGAGAUUAAGUCACUUGCUUCUUACUCCCAACCAUGCUUUGCGUCUUGCCAUACAAGACUGGCUUUGCCAAACUUAAAAUUACAUGCAUUCAGUUACAUGGCAUGUUCAUCAUGUUCGUAUAGAUUGCAUUUUAGGCUAUCCUUGCUUCACCGUGUAUAUAAUGGAAAUCACUGCAUGUAAAAUAGCGGGUAGUAUUUCAAACGCUGCGAUAAAAUUCCGCUGUGUUUGAUUAUUUGUACAGAAUUGGUCCCGGCAAAGUGAAUUAAACCUGAAAACCAUUGUUAUACAA